AUGGAUCAGCACUGGCGCCCCGCGCCGGAUUGUGACGGCGACAGAAGGAGACAGAGGAUGGUCCCCUACGAUGCUGCUGCUGCAGCAGCAGCAGCAGCAACAGCAAACAGCGCGAUUCCUGCUGCAGGGCAAGGAGGUCUCUGGUCUGAUCGCAGAAACAGCAGCAACAGCAAAACGCAAGGCGACGCCCCUUGGUGGGUGCAGCAGCAAAUAGCAAGAGAAAACCGUCCUUCCCGAGUAGUUCAGUGCUCUAGCCGCAGCAGCGGCUUUGCAAGGCAGCAGCAGUAUGAGCCGCAGCAGCAGCAAGUCCACCACAACCAGCAGCAGCAGCAGCACAGCCAGCAACAGCAACAGCAUCACUACCCGCCGCAACACCAGCAACACCACUACCAGCAGCAGCAGCAUUACUACCAGCAGCAGCAGGAGCGGCAGCCCUACCUGCCGCCCCACGAGCAGCAGCAGCUGCAGCAGCAGCAGCAACAGGGUUAUCAAGAAACCUCGAGAUAUGAUGAAGGCAGGCUUAGCAGCAGACGACGCUACGACCGCCCUCAUUACAGCAGCACAAGCCGCAGCCGCAGCCGCAGUCGCAGUCGCAGCCCCUUCUGGAGGGAAACAGCAGCAGGAGACAGCAGCAGCAGCAGCAGCGUCAGGCUUGGGCGUGCUGUAAGAGCUCGCUCUGGAGCAGCAGCAGGCGAAAGAGAAGGACAUCCCUAUGACUACCGUCAGCCCCCACACCAGCGGCAGCAGCAGCAGCAGCAGCAGCAGCAGCACCCGCAGCAGCGGCAGCAGCGGUAUCAGCGAUACCGCAGCAGCAGCAGCGAAGCAGCUUCAGUGAAGCAGCAGCAAAUGCCGUAUAACCGAGCGAGAAGCAAAGAGGAAGGCAUCAGGGUAGGUGAGCGCUCGGGUGCUGCAGGAGAGCAGCAGCAGCAGCAGUAUCAUUACAACCAGCAGCAGCAGCAGCAGCAGCAGCCAUAUGGAAGGCCUCCAUAUCGUCCGGGCAGAGGAGUAGGGCGUGUAGACGAGGAAGCAGGAAGGAGUGGCACUGCCGGAGGGUUUGCUGCUGCUGCUGCUGCUGCUGCUGCUGCUGAUGGACGCAGCAGCAGAAAGGACUACUGGGAAGGAUCGCCAGGGCGGUACGCAGAUGAAGAUCGCAUGCAGCGCCGAUAUCGUUCUGCUGCUGCUGCAGCAGCAGCAGCAGCAGAUUACGGUAGACGGGGAGCAGACGCAGACCCAGCAGCAGCAGCAGCAGCAGCAGCAGAGAGACGCAGCAGAUUGUCUCCUGCUCGUUUAUCACCACGUCAUCCGGCGUUGCAUGCAGGGCUGCGCUCCUCUCAGCCGCAUGCACAUUCGCCUCAGCCGCCGCCUCCUCCUCCCCCACAGCAGCAGCAGCAGCAACAACAGCAGCAGCAACAGCAGCAGCAGCAGCAGCAGCAGCAAGAGGAGCGUAAAGGAGGGAUAAGACGCCGAUGGAAGCACCCCGAUAGCUGCUUACCCUGCGUCUGGUUCUUCUGUCAUUAUGAAGGCUGCAGCAGAGGAUCCUCGUGUCCUAGAUGUCAUAACGAAGAUCAUAGAGAUAUUGCGUCUCCUCUACACCCUUUUGUGCUGCUGCAUGAGAGAGGCCGCUGCAUGCCCUGUCAUAGGUUUACUAGCAGCGGGGCUUGCAGACAAUAUGCAUGCGUCUUCUGCCAUCAUCCUUCUCAUCACGAACCCUCUAACUUAGAUUCUGCUAAUGAAGAAGAGUUAAAGCAGCAGCAGCAGCAGCUCGAACAGCUGCUGCAGCAGCAGCUCAAGGCAGCCCCUAGACAAAAACUCUCACAAGAUGCUGCAGCACAUGAUAGAGGGGUUUGUAUCCCUUGUGCUGACUUCUUUUCUUCGCCUCAUGGAUGUAAAGGUGCAGCAGCAGAAGGCGGCAACAACAGCAGCAGCAACAGCAACAGCAGCAGCAGCAGCAGCAGCAACAAAUGCCUCAAUUGCCACCACCCAUCGCAUGCAAACCCUCACUUUGCUUCUCAUCCUUCGGUGCUGCUGCACUUGAAACGCUGCUGCAAGCCCUGCGAGCUGUAUAUACAGGGGCAGUGUACGAAGGAGCCGUCUCUAUGUCCUCAGUGUCAUCACCCUAGUCAUAAGCAAGAGGAGCAGCAGGAGGAGGAGCAGCAGCAAGAGCAGCAGCAGCAAGAGCAGCAGCAGCAGCAGCAAGAAGAUGACACACCAGAUGAAGAGAAGAGGCAGCACGAGUUUAUGAUGCUUCAGCAGCAAGAACAAGAAGACAUGCAGCAGCAAGAUAUUGAUGAGUGGGAGGAGGAUGAAGACGAGAGAAGAGGCGGCGCUCUCUCCCCUCCCUAUACACCCCAGCAGCACGAAGACGAGCAGCAGCAGCAGCAGCAGCAGCAGCAAGAGCAAGAGCAACAACAACUGAAAAUGCAGCAGCAGCAGCAGAACCAAUGCAUAGACGAAAAACAGCAGCAGCAGCAGCAGCAGCAGCAGCAGCGCAUGUCUGAGGAGGGCUCAUUUGUUGAGCAUACACCCGAAUGCAUGCAGCAGCAAGAAGCAAAGGUCAAGGACUGUUCAUCGCAGGAAAUUGUGCAUGAAGAGGAGCAGCAGCAGCAGCAGCAACAGCAGCAACAAGGGAAGGACAAGCAGCAGAUGCUGCAGCCUCAUCAGCAGGUAGCGCUGCAGCAGUAA